ACCCGAGCACGCUCUCAGUAAGUUCACUUUGGUCAGUGUCGAUGCUCAAGCAAGUCAGCAACCAUUUGAUGGAAGUAUAAGCUAGAAAUCACCUGAUUCUCUAACUUUAUGAGGAAACUCUCGUAAGUGAAUUAUGAAUUUUAUUCUUGUGUAACCUAAUCAAUUCGAUUAGGCACUCGAUCUUUGACAACAUUGAGAUCAUUGAGAAACUUAGAAGUUGUAUACAAAAUUUCCAAAAAAUAAAAUAAAUCUCAAAAUUCCAAAAUUUUAGCCAAAAGAAAAGAGGAGUUUGGUUUCCUUGGGGAGAUUGACCGUUAAUUCAGGUAAAUGGUACGCUUGGCAGUUUUUCUAUUUUUCAAACACCCUUUACCAUAUAUAGCUCAAAUCAACACCACCAUUAAGUUUUUCUGCAAUCAGACAAAUUUGUUCAUCUUCUUCCUCGUACAGACGAGCUAGAGAGAGAGAGGUCAUGAUCUGGGGAUGGUCAUGAUCUAUCUCGUUUAGUUUCACUUUUUUUGUAUCAAUCUACGAUUUGGGAUUUUCCUCGGUAACUGUGUAAAGAUGCGGGCUAAAUCGUUCAACGGCUUUAUCGAAGAGAGGUUGGGAAAAUUCCCACAUUUUGUGAUAUAUGCCAUUCUAGAAUGGGUGAUGAUCAUUUUACUCUUCAUCGAUGGGUUUCUCGCUUUCGUUUCCAAUGAAUAUGCCAAGUUUUUCGAGUUGAGAAUUCCGUGCUUGUUAUGUACGAGGAUUGAUCAUGUUCUCGUUCGUAGACAUUCAAGUUUUGACUACAACGAUUCCAUAUGCCCGGUUCACAAGAAGGACAUCUCGUCCCUCGCAUACUGCCAUGUGCACAAGAGGCUAUCUGAUAUUCGUAGUACGUGUGAAGUUUGCCUUCUUUCGUAUGCAACGGAGAAAGAUUCUGAUUGCGAACAGUACAAGUCUCUAGUCGGGAUUUUGCACAAAGAUAUUGAUUUGUUCGUGGGAGAUAAUCCGAGAACGGGAAAGAAGGAUGAAACCAAGCACUUGGACGACAAGGGUGGGAUUCGUAGAUGUUGCUGUAAUGAGCCUUUGAAAAUAAGACCCUCCUAUAAGUAUAACAGAAGUUUAUCGAUAAAUGCUCCAACUCCAUCUCCUCGAGUAUCCUUACUCAGAAACGAGGAUGGACGAAACAUAGAAUUGCCUCACGUUAGGUACUCCGAGCUUAGAUUCACAUCAGAUGCCGAAUCAGAACUUCCUGAGGAAUAUGCUCCAAAUGGAGAUGAUCAGAUAGGUAGAGAAUGUGGAAAAGCUGCUGUUGUUUCACUGCUACCAGAUUAUGAGGAUUAUGAAGAUUUUUGCAAAACCCGGAGUUUUGUUCGAGGAGGAAACAAAUUUUUCGGGAUUUCAUUGUCCGAUUCAACUCAAGCCAGUCCUAAAUGGGCUAACAAUGGAGCUCGAAAACAAUUGGUUGACAACUUUUCCGAGCUUAAUGUUGCAAAUGUUCAUAAUGAGACAGACAGAAACAUAUUGAGUUGUUUGAAGAGACAAGUUCGUUUGGAUCGCAAGUCCCUAAUAGAAUUAUACAUGGAACUGGACGAAGAACGAAGUGCAUCUGCAAUUGCAGCGAACAAUGCAAUGGCUAUGAUUACUCGACUGCAAGCAGAGAAGGCAACCGUCCAAAUGGAGGCCUUACAGUACCAGAGAGUGAUGGAAGAGGAGGCCGAAUACGAUCAGGAAGCUAUGCAAGUAAUGAAAGACUUGCUGUUAAAAAGAGAGGAAGAGAUAAAGGUUUUAGAGUCUGAACUCGAGGCGUAUAGAGAAAAAUACGGGCAUAUCAAGAAAGUAGGCCGUGGCAGUGUUGAAGCUGAUGCUGAUGAAAAUUAUCAAGAAAUAAAAUCCCAGUCCUCGUCAUCUUUCGGUGAGAAAUCAGACUGUGGUAGCUCGAGUGGAGAAAACGAACGUCCGUAUGAUAGAUCAAUGGAAUAUGGAGAAGGGAUUUCCGAUGAAUUACAGUUAGAUUUUGAGAAUGAACGGUCUUAUCUUUUAGGUCUUUUAGCUGAACUUGAGAAAAAGAUAAACGCACCUUUAGAUGAAAGAUCUGAUAUCUUAGAGGUCGAUGCACUUGAGCAUGAAGACGGGACCAAGGUCACACUUCAAAGAGAAGUGUCCACAAUUAGGGAGAGGUUGAGAGCUAUUGAAGCAGACAGUGGUUUCUUAAAGUAUACUGCAAUGACACUACAAAGAGGCGGUGAAGCAACUAAACUAUUGAUCGAGAUAGCUCAGCAUCUUAGGAAGCUUAGGCAUUCGAAUAAAACUUCCUUAGACGACAUAAAUGCAUGACAUUUUUUUUGUCCUAAAGGUGAUGUCUUAUUUUAUUUUGUCUCUUCUCCUUGUUGGUGUGACACUGUUGGCAUAUUUGGUAAGUUGUACUAGGCAGAAUUGGACAAUACAAUAAAUAAGAUUUUAGCUUCCUUUUACUGCCUGAAA